AUGCUCGAGGCGUCUUCGUUACGGUCUCGCAAACAGUCGUUCUCGCCCACAGAACUUAAAGUCAACAACAAUAACAACAACUACAUCAAUAACAGCAUUAACGGUACAACCCGCAGCGCGUCAGCUAAAGAUAAAAACAAGAGCAAGGACAAGGAAAAGUUAUCUAUGACAAACGACACAAAAACUUCGGUCUCGGAGGCUGUGGUCACAUCAGACUCUGCAGGAAGCAAGGAUCCUGCAGUGGGAGUACUGACACUCGGCCAUGAAGCAGCGUCUUCACAAGGAACACCGGCAGCAGACGAGGAGGGCGAAGAAGGCGAGAUUGACGAGAACGAGGACACGUCGAUGAAGUCUCCGUCACCAUCCAACACAAACGCCUCGCAGCAAGGAACGCCUCGCAAUUUGGCACCCAGUCGUAUCCGAUCGAGUAAAUUGAGCGCCGAAGAUCUGAACGGUGGCCUGCUGGACGGAACACUUGAUGAUGAUGACGACGAUAUGGACGGUGACACCGAGGAUACUGAGCCUGUCCAGGACGCCGAAGGAACCCCUGCUACCCGUGAGGCCGACGAGGAAGAAGAGGAAGGUGAGAUUGAUGAGGACAACGAGGAGGAAGAGGAGGAGGAGGAUGACGACAAGCCUGCUGAUACCGACGACGAUACCCAUUUGAAGGUUCCCAAAGGACCUACCGCGCAUCGCACAGCUUCUCCAACAGCCUCCGAGGAUCAAGACGAUGGUUCCAAUAUCGGCGACGCCGACGCUGAUGGCGAUGUUACUAUGACAGAGCAGGAAGGAGAUGAGAACGACGAUGACGAAGAUGAGGGUACGCCUGCUGGACAGACGGACGACGAGGGCAGUGAGCUCCCUGAAGACGGGGGAUCAAACGUCGAGGAUGGCGAUGAGGAUGGCGAGGGGGAUGGGGAUGAGGACGAGGAGGAAGAAGACGAUGAAGACGAUGCACCUGCCGCUCCCAAAAAGGAUGUAGCGUCAUUUCCUCAGAAGCCAACCCUGAACCGCCCACAGCUCAUUGCCGAGGAUCUCAAGGACAGUGGCGACGAACUUUCGGACCUGUCUGAAUUUGAUGACUCGGAUGACUCGGAUGACGAAGAGGUCGGGCGGUCAAGUAAGGGUAAGAGUUCGUCAUCCGGUGCAGGAGGAUCAGCUGCUGCCGCCUCGGCCUCUGCUACCACUGCAUCAGCAUCAACAACCAUCAACUCUCGACCCAGCCUUGGAGGACGAAAGCGGUCCUUGCGCGAGGCUAGUCGGGAGACCAAGGAGCAGGAGGAAAAGGUCAAGAAGGAAGUUGAGGAGGACGAAGAGACUAAAUCUCCUCAGUCUGACAAGGAAUCUGAAUCCGAGAUGGCUGAGGAGGAGGCCAACGAAGAGAAGGGUGAAGGUGAAGAGGACGGAGAAGAAGAAGAAGAUCUUGAAAAGAAGCAAGUUUACACGGAAGCCUUGGAGGCGCUGUCAAGCAUAGAGGUGGAAUUUGCACAUCUCCGAGACAAGAUGUACGAGGAAAGAAUGCUGGAGCUGGAGACAGAGGUCGAAAUGAUCAACGAUGGCACGCACCCAGAGCUGUCGACACUUAUGAAGGAGAUUGAAGACAAGCGAGACCAGCGUCUCAGGGUAGCCAGAGCAUGGCGGACACAUUUGAACGAGAUCUCGCAGGCUGAAUUCGAGAUCAAGGAGUACCAAGCCCACUGCACAUUCCAAUCCAAGAAGCGGGGACUUCGCACAGAUCUUUUGAACGGAGUCGGCCAAAAGCAGCAGCAGCUUCGUUUGGAACUCACCCUGUCAGAGAGUCGGGCACGCCAUCAACCAGUGGAGAAGUCAGCGAUGGUUCGCGCACGGAAACACAAGCGAGCGGUGAUGACAGAGCUGCGGUCUGUGAAUGAGCGGUAUGGCUUCCCUGUUAGCAACGAUCUCCGGAUGAUUGCCACCGCUGAACUGGACGAAGAUUUUGCCGCUAUGGGGAUCCCACGCCCUGUUCCACAAACAAGUGCCGCUAUUGAUCAUGGACACUUGCAAGGAUAUUCACAUGGCCAUUCACAAGGACUGGGACACGGACAGGUUGUACCACAGAGCCGCAUACAUGAGCGGCCCUCAGGAUAUGGACCACCUCCACCACAUUCAGCAACGAUGGGCGGUAUGCGGCCAGAAGUUGAGAUUUAUGAGGACGGUAGUCGGUGCAAGGUUGACGGGAUUUGGUACAAGCCCAACGAUCCUGUGGUUGUUCUCGAUGCAGCUCUGGGGCAGUAUCAUGCCAAGUACCUCUUUUUGGCCAACGACGAGGUAAUUACCUUGGUGUUACUCUACUGUACAGUCGCAUUCAUCUUGAGAUGUACGGAAGUUUGA